AUGGUCUUAACCGACCGGAAUUUUAACACAUCAUUCUUUGAAGCUGCUGGAGGUGGUGAUCCAAUACUUUACCAACAUCUUUUCUCAAGACUAGUAUUUGAAGAUUAUUAUAUAUUCAAUACAUUAUUUAUAUUUCCUACUUCUAACCAAUCAAUCUUUAAAAGAUAUAUAUCUAAAUUUAAUUCUAAUUUAAACAAUAAGUUUGAUUUUUCUGCAUUUUAUAAGAAAUACAAUACUCAUUUGCCAAAUAAUAAAAUUCCUUCAGAAAACUUUUUAACAUGAUUAGUAGGUUUCACUGAAGGAGAAGGUUCUUUUAUAGUAAACAAUAGAGGAGAUUUGGCAUUUGUUAUUACACAAGCUACAAUAGAUAAACAAGUUUUAGAAUUUAUACAAGAAAUUCUGGGAUUUGGGAAAGUUAUUCGUCAAUCGGCUAUAACUAGUAGAUAUGUAACACAAAAUAAGAAAGAAAUAGAUAUUCUAGUUAGUUUAUUCAAUGGUAAUCUUGUUUUACCUAAAAGACAAGAAAUAUUUGAUCUUUUCGUUAAAGGGUUUAAUAAAUGAGUUACUAAAGGUAGAAUACUAUUAGAACCUGUAGUAAUUAAUAAUAGACCCAUUCUACCUACUUUAAACGAUGCAUGGUUUGCAGGAUUUACUGACGGAGAAGGUUGUUUUACUUGUUCAAUUGGUGAAAAAAGAGGAUUUAGUUUCAACUUUAAUAUUUCUCAAAAGUGAGAAAUAAAUCUAAUAGUAUUAGAGCAUUUCGGUGUAUUAUUUAAAAAUGGGAUUGUUUCUAGACAUUCAGAAGAGAAUGCUUAUGAAUUUAGAUUAGGUGGAGUAAACAAUUGUAAAAAUGUCUUCUCUUAUUUUGAUAAAUAUACAUUAUAUACUAAAAAGUCUUUAUCCUAUAAAUUAUGAAAAGAUAUUCAUAAUGAUCUUGUCAAUAAAGAUCAUCUAGAUGAGUCAAAAAGACGAGAAAUGAUUGAAAGAACUAAGAUGAUAAAUAAAUCAAAUAAUACAAAAUCAAACUACUAG